CCAAUUUCUCCGCUCCUCCCCCGAACAGUAAGCGGCGGCGGCGGCGGCGGCGGCGGCGGGCUGUAGACUCCGCCUUCUUCCGAGCCAUCGACCGGCGUCGAGCGCUUCCAAUCGCCGCUGCCCCUGCAUAAGCCAUCGAGGCCCCCUCUUCCCCUUGGCCGUCGUCCUCCCCUGCAUCGGCCACCGUCGGGUAUCCCAUCCCCGACCCAACGCCAAACGGAAGGGAGAUUUGGGAUUUUAGCCACCAGCCUCCCCAAAAGCAAGUUCCAACUCAGAAAAAGACGGCCUUGUUGCUACGCAAGUCCCCAUGGCAGCGGCAACUGGCUAUGACGGCCCGAAUGAUGAGCAGUUGCAUGCGUAUGCCGACCUAAGGUAUGCUGACCUACCAUUCUACGGGAGCAAUCUGAUGGAGGUUUUUGCCGUGCGUGUCCCUGAUGCAGCCGCCUCCUCCCGAGGAAACAGGCUGCCGCCUUGUGGCAUAAUUGAAGCCGGUGGCGCCUAUUGCUCUCAGUCUAUGGUCUUCGCAAGGAUCUGCCAUGACGACCAGGUCACCCCACAACCUUGUGAUUCGCAGGGCAACCUUGUGCUAACUGGUCCAGGAAGAGCCAUCUCAGCAGAUGGACCUGUCGGGUUCAGCAUUUAUCUCCAUGACAAUAGCCAAGAUAUCUCUCUUGAAGAAAUCUGGAACAAGAGCGUGCAUUUACACCUGGAGACCCCAACAUUGGACAGGCCCCUAUUAGAAACUGCCAAUACUCCUUAUGGUCCUGUGGAGGUGAUCUACGCCAUCCUGAGCCAGGGAGUUGAAUGCGAAGUUGCUGUGAGGCUUACUCAUCGCAAUGUAAAAGAUCCUAUCAGCCUUUUUGGGAGAAUUGUCGCUCGCAGCGAGCUGUUUGAUAUUGGCUGUGUGCUUUUCUACAACGAAGAUGUGAAGGGCAUAUGUGCACGAUCAGGAGAGCUGAUUCCCUUGGCUAGACAUCAGCUUGCGGUGCCAUUGUACAAGGUACUGGCAAUUGAAAUAGAUCUGCACUCUGAUUGUGGUGACGAGAUUAUGAGAGGCACACUAGAGUUUCAUCCCUUGCCCGAAUGCGAUCAAACGGCGCGUCUUAUCAGCAAGAGUGGUACUCAAAUCGAAGUGAAGAUCUUCAUUUCACAAUACUUUAGGUAGUGUGUUCGUUGCUCAGCUGUGGGUCACUUUAAUGUAUAACAUAUGAUGAAGACUCUGGAUGCCUGUGCGCCCAGUCCCUUGUGUUGUACUACUACACAAAGCAGUGACCUGAUAAAAUGUUUGCACAGUGACAGUAUCCUGUCGCUGAAUGUUAUUA